GGAGGUGAUCGACAUCACGGCCGCGGCAGCACACGCCCAGAAGAAGAAGGGGCAGGCGUUUGUGGUCUACAGGGACAUCUCUUGCGCGACCAACGCCCUGAGAGCGCUGCAGGGGUUCCCUUUUCUGGACAAGCCGAUGCGCAUCGCGUACGCCAGGACCAAGUCGGACGUCGUGGCCCUGGAGGACGGGACCUACAAGCCCAGGGUUAAGGGGGAGCCGGCCAAGCCCGAGCCGAAGAAGGCGCCCCAGCCGGCGAAGCCCAAGGGCGCCCCGGCCCCGGCGAAGGCUGCGGCGCAGGCGAAGAUGAUGGCGCACCCGGGCGC